AUGUGGGGAAAGCACACAAAUAUCUUCCAUCUUACAACCCCGCCAAUCGAUUGCUAUCCCUCUACGACCAAUAUAACACCUUUCUCAUUAUCUGGCGGUAAGUCCCCUACCUUCUCACUCUUGUCUUUCGCACUUUGCAAUUCUGCUCAAGAUUCUGUUAUAUGGCUGUUAUUGCGCUUUGCUCCUCUACAAUUUACUGUAUCAACCGCAACUACACUAGUCGUACCGCUAGGGAUGGUUCAACAAGUUAUACUCUAUCUCUAAAGUAUUCUAAAUGCUUCAAAGUGUCAAAGAAUUUGAGUCCUCCAUCUGGGUCAAUGGUGGAAUGGAAGAAACGUAGGAGAAAACUUGUGGGUGUUUGUGGGUUUGUGAUUAGAAGUUCAUUGGAUGCUGAAAAUUUGGUGGAUAGUUUGAACAGCAGCAUGUCUGAUGAGGAAAUUACUAGGGUUCUUAAGUCAAUAUCAGACCCAAGUGAAGCUUUGUCUUUCUUUAAAUCAGCUGCCGAGCUUCCUAAUCUUGUUCAUGGUACUGAAUCCUGUAAUUAUAUGCUUGAAUUGUUGAGGGUGAAUCGGCGAAUGGGUGAUAUGGCUGCUGUGUUUGAUGUAAUGCAAAAGCAGAUUAUUUAUAGGAAUAUGAGUACUUACAUGACCAUAUUUAAAGGGCUUGGCAUUAAGGGUGGGAUAAGACACGCUCCUUUUGCACUUACUCUAAUGAGAAGAGGUGGGUUUGUUUUGAAUGCCUAUUCAUAUAAUGGGCUGAUUGAUUUGCUUUUAAAAUCUGGGUAUUGUAGAGAGGCUUUGGAAGUUUAUAGAAGAAUGUUGUCCGAAGGGAUUAAACCAAGUCUCAAGACUUACUCUGCACUUAUGGUGGCAUUGGGAAAACGAAGGGAUACCAAAAAUGUUAUGGGGUUGUUGAGAGAGAUGGAAUGGUUGGGACUCAAGCCAAAUGUGUAUACUUUCACCAUAUGCAUCAGGGUGCUUGGUAGAGCAGGAAAGAUAGACGAAGCUUUUGAAAUUUUUAAGAGAAUGGAUGGGGAGGGUUGUGGACCGGAUGUUGUUACUUACACUGUUCUAAUUGAUGCCCUUUGCAAUGCAGGAAAACUUGCAAGGGCGAAGGAAAUGUUUGUAAAGAUGAAGUCUAGUAGUCAUAAACCUGACCGUGUUACUUACAUUACUUUGAUGGAUAAAUUUGGUGAUUGUGGGGAUCUGGAAUCAGUUCAAGCAUUUUGGACGGAGAUGGAGGCGGAUGGUUAUGUGGCAGAUGUUGUGACUUUCACUAUUUAUAUUGAUGCCUUAUGCAAAGUUGGAAAAGUUGAUGAAGCAUUUGUUACCUUGAACUCCAUGAAAAGUAAAAAUAUUUUGCCAAAUCUUCAAACAUAUAAUACCAUGAUUCGUGGGCUAUUGAGAGUUGACAAAUUAGAUGGGGCAUUAGAGUUGUUUGCUAGCCUCGACUCUCUAGGUAUUAAACCUACUGCUUACACAUACAUACUUUUCAUUGACUAUUAUGGGAAGUUGGGGGAACCUGAUAAAGCUCUUGAAACCUUUGAGAAGAUGAAGGUCCGAGGAGUUGUGCCUAAUGUUGUUGCAUGCAAUGCAUCUUUGUACAGUCUUGCAGAACUCGGUAGGAUUGGGGAGGCUAAAAAGAUGUUUUAUGAGCUUAAGAAGAGUGGUCUUGCUCCAGAUUCAAUUACCUAUAAUAUGAUGAUGAAGUGUUUAAGUAAGGCUGGGAAAAUUGAUGAAGCAAUACAGUUACUUCAUGAGAUGGUGGAAAGUGGGUGUGAUCCGGAUGUGAUUGUAAUCAAUUCUUUGAUUGACACGCUUUACAAGGCUGAGCGGGUGGACGAGGCUUGGGAUAUGUUUCACAAAAUGAAAGAGAUGAAUCUUUCGCCUACUGUCGUAACCUACAACACAUUGUUGGCUGGACUAAGGAAAGAAGGUAGGGUUCAGGAAGCUAUCAAAUUAUUUGAAAGCAUGGCCUCAUGUGGGUACCCUCCAAACACAAUUACUUUUAACACCCUUCUGGACUGUAUUUGCAAGAAUGACGGGGUUGAUUUGGCUCUGAAAUUUAUGAAUGAAAUGACUUACAAGAGUUGUAUGCCCGAUCUUUUUACUUACAAUACAAUCAUUUUUGGUUUAACAAAGGAAAAUAGAGUCGAAGACGCAUUCUGGUUCUUCAAUCAAAUGAAGAAAAUGCUCAAUCCAGAUUGUGUAACUUUAUGCACAAUACUUCCAAGCAUUGUGAAGUAUGGAAAGGUUGAUGAUGCUUUGAAAAUCACUGAGGACUUCAUUCAUCGUGUCAGAAAUAGACCUGAGAGGAUUUUUUGGAAAGAUCUCAUGGAAGGAAUCACAAGUGAAGCUGCAUUAGAUAAUUCUAUCUGCUUUGUGGAAGGGUUGAUAUCCAAUGGAACUUGCAUCAAUGAUUCGGCAAUGAUUCCUCUUAUUAAAACUUUGUGUAAGCAGAAGAAAACUCUCGAUGCUCAUGCAUUGUUUUUGAAGGUAACAAAAGAUUAUGGAAUUCAACCAACACUAGAAGCAUACUAUCCAAUGAUUGAUGGUCUUCUUGAUGAUCAUCUUCAUGAAAAGGCUUGGGAUCUAUUUAAGGAAAUGAAGAAUUCUGGGUGUGUUCCAGAUGUUUUCACCUAUAACUUGCUGUUAGGUGAUCUUGCUACCUCUGGGAGAGUUGAUGAGCUAUUUGAUUUGUACGAGGAGAUGCUUUGCAGGGGAUGUAAGCCUAACACAAUAACUCACAAUAUACUGCUUAGUGGUCUCGUGAAGUCGAAUAGUUUAAAAAAAGCAAUGGAUAUGUAUUAUGAUCUUAUAAGUGGAGGUUUUUCUCCUACUCCUUGCACAUGUGGUCCACUGAUCGAUGGUCUCUUAAAGCAUGGGAAAUUAGAUGAAGCGAAGGACUUCUUUGAUGAGAUGGUGGAGUAUGGAUGCAAACCCAAUUGUGCUAUCUAUAACAUCCUAAUGAAUGGGUAUGGAAAAUCUGGUGAUGUGGAGACUGCUUGUAAUUUAUUCGAUAGGAUGGUCAAAGAAGGAAUAAGACCAGAUUUAAGGUCCUACACCAUUCUCGUAGAUUGCCUCUGCCUGGUAGGGAGAGUGGAUGAUGCUAUGUGCUACUUUGAUCAAAUGAAGGAAACUGGUCUUGAUCCAGACGUAAUUUCCUACAACCUCAUGAUCAAUGGCCUUGGGACCGUACGUAGAAUAGAUGAUGCUUUGGUACUUUUUGAUGAGAUGCGGAGCAGAGGGGUUUCUCCAAAUUUGUAUACCUAUAAUGUUUUGAUUCUUAAUCUUGGGAUUGUUGGAAAGAUAGAGGAAGCAGGAAGGAUGUAUAGAGAACUUCAAGUUAUGGGUUUGGAGCCGAAUGUGUUCACAUAUAAUGCUCUAAUUCGAGGGUAUAGCCUUGCAGGAAAUCCUGCCCAUGCAUAUGCAAUUUAUGAGAAAAUGAUGGUCGGGGGUUGCAUCCCCAACACUGGGACAUUUGCUCAGCUUCCUAAUCAAUCUUGAUGUUUCCAAGGUUCUUCAAGGACUAUGGCAUACUUGUGAUACUUAUACUAGUGAAGAUCAUGAGCUGCUCAUCAACAGAGGCUACGUAGUUGAUUGAAGGCUAUGGAUCUUGUACAUGUUAGUCAAGUAGUUAUUGCAGAAGAUCUGUUUUGGUGAAAGCAAUUCCGUUGUUAAUAGGAUGAUGAUAACUUAAGCAUACAGAGAGUUGUGCCAGAAAUUGUCUGUGAAUAUCAUAUAAUCAAAAGAACUUGGGUCCAGAGUGAUGAGGUUACGGAAGGGAAUGCUCUCAUCUAAUGCGCUAAGCUCAUAUGAAAUUUUGAAGAAUCCGUUGGAGAUGCUCUUAGACGGGAUAUGAAGUGACUGAAAAUGAGGACGAACGGAUAUGAUCGACAACUUCUUAAAGCCAAUUCAGAAUCUGAGAGGAUAUUGGGGUACAACAAAUGAGAGGUGCGUCACUUUCAGGUUAAUAUCUCAUUUUGUUUGUUGGUGGGCUUUUUAUCUUUUGACAUUUGCUAAAUGGUUUUGUACAGAAUGAUUAACUGGUU